UUUCUUUUCUUUCUAUCAGUUCCUUUCAAGACGACUUGGUCUUUGGUCCUCUCCUCACUCUCUAAUCUCUAUCUUCACUUUCCCUCUCUCAAAAACGCGUUUCUUUCUUCUCCAAAUCCCCUUACCCACCACCCUUAUAGCCAUGGGAUUAUCAAUUCUCUCUGCCCAUUUCUAUGGCUUUUCUUUUUCUUCAUUUUAUUCUUUCUUUCGUCUUCAUGUUUCUACUCUUUUUUUCUUCUUUCCCUUCCAUUAUUUCGCACUCUACCGUCUCAAUUUCUGAAACUUCAGACCACACAUUGAUUUGCGCUUUGGGACCAUCUUUUCUUAACUGUUCUAGUUUUCCUGCCGGGAUUUACAUUCCUAGAUUGAAUUCCAGCGUUUCUUAUUCUGGGAUUGUUGCUGGAGAAGGAUUCCUCUGUGCUUUGAUUUCUUUUUCUUCUUCUUCUUCUUCUUCUUCUUCCAGUUCAAUUAUGGUUUGCUGGAGAUUCUUUACUAAUGGUAGUAAUAUGGUUUACAAGAGAAUCUAUCGCGGUCCUUUUCUCAGAGAGCUUCAAGCGGGUAAUUCCCAUAUUUGUGGCCUUGUGAAUGCCACCAAUCGUCUCCAUUGCUGGCAAUGGCCGGAAUUCAACUCUACCUCUGCUCAGAACUUGAGCUUUUGCAGUAUUGCAGUUGGUGAAGACUUCGUUUGUGGGCUUUCAGGAAAUGGGAAUAUUGCUUGCUUGGGAAAUGUUUCUAGUGUCGGUGACCCUCCAAAAGGGAAUUUUAGCAUGAUUGCUGCUGGCUUCAGGCAUGCCUGUGCUCUAACUUUUGAUAACGAAUUGCAUUGUUGGGGAACUAUGGAGGGCCAAAAACCACAACAUAAGUUCAAAUUGUUGGCAUUAGGAGAGAACCGUAGCUGUGGUUUGCGGCUUAAUGAUAGAGUAGUUUGUUGGGGGCAGAACAAUUUCAGCUUGCAAGAAAGUUUGAGGGAGAGUUCUUUUGCCACUAUUGAAGCCAAGAGGAAUAUUUUCUGUGGAGUUCUGAUACAGAAUCGUUCCUUGGUUUGUUGGGGUAAUGAGAUUUUGGACUCUAAUUUAAUAGUGUUUGAGAAAGUAAGGCCUGGACCAUAUACAAGUACCUGUCCAUAUAGUGAUAUUACGCCACCAGUGGCUGGGCCAGCAUUAGCACCAUCUUCGCCACCACCGGCUCCAGAGGAAUCAACAAGUAGUGGGUGGAGUGACAAGAUGAUAGCUUGCUUAGUAGUGGGCUGCGUGGGAUCCUCUGUUUUGUUGCUAACCAUUGGCUUCUUUCUUCUCAGAUACUACAAGUGCAAAGGAUGCCGAGUCCAUGAUUCAGGGCCGUUGGAUGAGACCGGAGCACCCCUCGAGCAGGGUACAAGACAACAACAGCAGCAGCACCCACAAAUAGAACAAGCUGCACCACCGGUCUUAGAGAAGCGUCUUAGCCAAUUGGCCAGCAUGGGAAAUGCAAGUCAUUUAGAGGAAUUCUCAUUGCAACUCCUACUUGAAGCCACCAACAACUUCUCCGAGGAUCACAAAGUUGGAGAAGGAAGCUUCGGCUCAGUCUAUCGCUGCACAUUAGGCGAUGGACGAGAAGUAGCAAUCAAACGAGCAGAAACAUCGAGCACUAGUUCCUACGCUGUAGAAUCCAGGCGUCAAGAAGAAAAGGAUAAUGCAUUCAUUAACGAACUCGAAACCUUAUCCCGUCUCCAUCACAAGAAUCUCGUCAGAUUACUAGGCUUCUGCGAAGAUUGUAACGAGAGGGUAUUAGUCUACGAGUACCUCAGCAAUGGCACACUCCAUAAUCAUCUCCACAAGCUCCAAAACUCCCCAUUAAUGUCAUGGCCCAAACGAAUCAAAGUAGCACUUGACGCAGCCAGGGGAAUUGAGUACCUCCACGAGUACGCAGUACCACCGAUCAUUCACAGAGACAUCAAAUCAUCAAACAUACUGCUAGACUCAUCCUGGACAGCCAAGGUCUCCGAUUUUGGACUGUCUCUGACGGGUCCUGAAGACGAAGAAUCCCACCUGUCGCUCAGCGCCGCAGGCACAGUAGGAUACAUGGACCCAGAAUACUACAGACUUCAACUGCUGACAACAAAGAGCGAUGUAUACAGCUUCGGGGUAGUGUUACUAGAGCUAUUAUCAGGAAUGAAGGCAAUACACAAGAAUGAGAAUGGAGUGCCAAGAAAUGUGGUGGAUUUUGCAGUACCAUAUAUUGAACAAGAUGAAAUACACAGAGUCUUGGACAAGAGAGUGCCCACCCCGACGCCGCAUGAAAUAGAGGCUGUGGCCUAUGUAGGAUUCUUGGCGGCGGAUUGCGUGACGUUCGAAGGCCAAGAUCGGCCAUCGAUGACCGAGAUAGUAAAUAACUUAGAAAGAGCUUUGGCGCUGUGUUCGGCGCAACCCACUUCCCUUUCGCGGUCCACGACCGAGUCCUCCAAAUAGGCCAAAGUGGGGAACACACUCGCACCAGAAAAUAUUCUAAUUUUUUGUAUAUAACAUUUUUGUUCUUAUUUUCCA